CCGGAUGCAUGAGCUGCUCAGCUUGAUGCGCCUGGCAUGGUGGCAGCAGAUCAUGGUGAAACUCCGCAGGUGGGGGCUGAUCACCGUGAUUUUCCUGAGACUUGGGCACUCCUGCAGGGUCAGGUCAGCGAGGCGUGGGCAGCUCGAAAGCAGCUGCUGCAACAUCCCUUCUGGGCACAUGAUCCUCGCAAGGCAGAGCAUCUCCAGCGACUCCAUGGACACUCUUCCUGGCAGAUCGAGCGUCCAGUUUGUCAGGCGCAGGCGGCGGAGAGUGGGGCACCCAAAGAGGUGGUGCUGCGUCCUGACGUACCUUCCCCUAUCAUAGCUAUCGAAGUCCGCCGAGCCCGACGAGGUAAAGGGGCAGAGGCGGUGGUCGGAGGAAAACCAGUAUAUGAGCUUGACGUUGAUCUCUUCGACGCAAGAGGAGACUGCGGAGACGAUCCACUGAUCGAGCAGGUCGCGCGGUGGGUUGGAGAUGCUGAGGCGGAAGGUGCGGAUGGGCGUCCCCGGGCCCUUGCAGAGGAUCGCGCCCGUCACCUGCUGGUCGAAGCAGACCCGGACCUCGUUCCACCUGCCGCCCUUGGGAUCGACGAGGUCCACGACGGGUACCCCGGCGUAGACGUCGCGCCAUCGCCGGGAGAGGACGCUUGUGCGCACGGCCUCGUCGGACCGGAGGUGGGAGAGGAUGCGCUCGAGCAUCUCGUCGGGGAGAGCGCUCAGCCGGUCCGCCCGCCUGCGCCUCUUCAUCUUCGUUGAUCAGACGCGGCCGGCCGCCCCUGUGGUUAUUGACGAGGAGUAUAGCCACCCAUUGAACGUUUGCAGGACCUCAACCUAUACAGCACGAGCACAGGUAGAUUAGAUAGCGACAUGGCUUCACGGAAGGAGCAGAAGAAGUCUUCGUCGAGGAGGCACAGGGACCGGAUCAGCGGCCUCACCGACGACGUGCUGGGCCACGUCCUCUCUUUCCUCCCCACCAAGGAGGCGGCACGCGCGGCGGCGUUGUCCCGCCGGUGGCGCCACGUCUUCGGCAGCGUCCACACCAUCUCGUUCGAGGAGACAAAGGGCGAGAGGGCCUAUGACUGGUACACCUACUACGUGCAGGCGUUGGAGAGGAAGAGCUGCAGCACCAAGCUCCUCGAUGACGUCAACGCCGCGCUCCUCUGCCACCGCCGCUGUGCUGGCCUCCCUGUGCCGCCGCGCAGCCUCCGUUUCGCCUUUGACAAAUGGCAUUGGUGGGACAAGGUCGCCGUCGACCAGUGGCUCUCCUACGUGGCGCCACGUAGGCAUGUCGGCCACCUGGCAGAACUGCACCUCGAUAUGUGCUUCUACCUAGGCCCGGUCUGUACAGCAUCUGACAGCGACAGUGACGGCACCGAUGAUGAUGAUGAUGAUGAUAGCGGCGGAGCAGGCAGUGACUCGGACGAAGAAACUAAGUGGAGGUAUCUCCUUCCGCCAAGGCUCUUGUCCUGUGCCGCCCUAAGAACGUUGUGCAUCAACAGUUGCCGGUUCAAGCUCGGACGGACGACCUUGACCAUUGACCUGCCGGUCCUCGAGACGAUGCGCCUCACGGCCCUUGGGGACUCCGGGGAAAGCAUCCAGUGUCUGAUCUCGAGCUGCCCCCGCCUCGCCGACCUGACGCUGGAAGCAUUGUGGAACCUCAAAAGGAUCUCCGUGCUCGACAAACGCCUCCGCCGGUUCUCCAUCCGCUGCUGCCACGACCUGAAGUCCGCUAUAAUCGACGCGGCGGAGCUGAAGUUGUUGGACUACCGUGGCAUGGUGCCUGCGGGGUCGCUCUUGUCUCUGCACCGCUUGCCGGCGAUCAUUCCUUCAUGCACCAUCGAUUUCUGCAGGCCUCUCUCCAAGGAGGCUCAGUUCGUCAGGUUUAGAGAUUUCCUCGACAAAAUCCAAGGCGUGGCUCACCUGCGUCUCCACCACCAGAGCUUGGAGAGCAAGUUCUUCGGGGUCGCGGGGUUCCCGCUCUUCUCCAGCCUGACGAGGCUCACGUUGCAAGGCUGUAUCCAGACUCACCACAGCGUUGACGCGUUGCGCAUGGUCUUGGAGCAGACCCCGAACCUGGAGGUUCUCACGCUGCUGAUGGAGAGGUCAAAAGAGGAGUACGGUGACAUCAACGUCCCCGCGUCGAUCUUGUCGAUUCCAUGCUUGCGGCAUCGGGUGCGCGAGAUCGCCAUGGAAAAUUACGAGGGCCUCAAGCCAGAGAAGAGCUUGGCCAAGCUCUUGCUUCAGAAUGCGCUUGUUCUUGAAAGAUUGCACGUAGUGUUCGCCAAGGAAAUCAAGCCUGAGCGAAAGAAUAUACUGGAGGCAGAGAUCGGAAAAUGGGGAGUGGCAAAUUCAGAAGAUAUCUUCGUAUAGAGAUUCUCACCAACAAACUUUGCUGUACUAAUAUGAAAAAUAAGAGUUAGAUGGGAUAAUUUACUCUAAGCCGUCCAAAAUUUUAGUCAAAAUUUGUUCAUCCAAUGGUUGUGCCACCAUAGCCUAUCAGUUAUGCAUUUAUAGCCUUUUUUCUGUACUUAAUGUCACUAAAUUUCUUAACUUUUCUGUAUAAAUAACAA